GGCCAUCGAGUCAAUUCCAGAAAGCCACCUACACGAUACAAUAUGGCUGGCCUUUCGACGAGUGGGGUUGGCCAUUGAGUCAACGCCAGUGACUGGUACCUACAGUAUCCGGCCGGCUUUUUUAUACUUUAUAUACUGGGUAGAUGAGCGGGAGUUUGGGGGAGAGUGAGAGGGGAGAAAAAUAGAGCUUAGGAGGACCGAGGGCAUCUUUUGUUGAAAACGCAGCGGAAAGCGGUGGCAGAGAAGAGGGAAAAUGCCGUGCUUGAACCUGACAACAAACGUCAACCUGGACGCCGUCGACACCUCCGCCAUUCGGUCUGAGGCCAUCUCUGCUGUUUCCAAACAUACCGGCUUGCCGGAGUCGUAUAUUAUGACCUCGUUGAAGGGAUCUGUACCCAUGACAUUUGGUGGGACUGAGCAGCCAACUGCCUUUGGUGAGUUGGUUUCUGUUGGGGGACUCAACCCUGAUGUGAACGAGAAGAUAAGUGCUGCGAUUUCCACCAUUCUUGAGACAAAGCUUAAUGUCCCAAAGUCGCGUUUCUUCCUGAAAUUCCAUGACACCGAGGGUUCCAACUUUGGCUGGAAUGGGUCCACCUUCUAGGUCCCUUGUUUGUAUGUUCAAAGAGUAUUUGCUAUGUUGAGCUUGUUGACAACACGGCUCAGAAUUUGUAAAAAAAAUACAUAAUGUUUAUGUGGUAGUGCUUGGAUUAUGUAUGUUCCAAGCUGAUUCUGUUGAUGUUUGGAGGUGUAUGCUUAAUAUGCUGGAUAUUUUGUGAUCCUUUUGAACAAUCACUAGAUACUCCAUUUGAAGUAAACUGGUGCAAAAUUUUCAGUCU